UCAUCAUGAGCAGCGUCUUUAGCGUUCUCUUUUUGAUUGACAUUGUACUGAACUUUCGAACUGGAAUUGUUCGAGCACAAAGUGACAGUAUUAUUUUGGAUCCUACUCUGAUUGCUAGGAAUUAUUUAAAGACCUGGUUCAUCAUCGAUGUUUUUUCGACGAUACCUUAUGACACGGUUUUGUUGGUGGUCAUGAAAGUUGAUAGUAUCGACCACGAGAAGCUGGCUAUUUUCAAAUACAUUCGUCUUUUGGAGUUGCUCAAGAUAUUUCGCCUUUCUCGUGUGAUUCGAUACGUUACCCGUUUUCAAGAGGCUCUUGUGCUGAACAGUUUGUAUAUUCGAGUGAUCAAUCUUCACAUAGUAAUCUUUUUCACGCUUCACUGGAUUUCAUGCAUGCAUUAUCUGGUUGCGGACAUGUUCAAUGCAGGCUAUAGUCCCCCGAAAUCAAACACAUGGGUCACUCAGCUCAAAUUGUGGCAUCAACCUGUAUUUAUUCAAUACAUCAAUUCUGUCAUUCGAGCCCUUUCAAACAUGGCUUGUUUGGGAUACGGUAAUGAAGUACCACGUGAACCUGAAGACAUUAUAACUACCAUCAUGAGCAUAAUGGUGGGAGCCACAUUUUUUGCAUUGUUUGUUGGUAACCUGUCAAGCAUUUUGAUUAACAUGGACGUUGCUCAAAAAAAGUAUGCUGAGGUCUUAAACCAGGUCAUGGAGUACAUGCGCUUUAAGCAGGUUCCUAAAGAGUUGCAACAUCGCGUAAUUUUGUACUAUGAACAACGUUAUCGAAGGAAUUUUUUCAACGAAAACAUCAUUUUGGAAAACGUUUCCGACGUGUUACGAAAAGAACUACAAAUGUUCAAUUGUCGCAGCUUGGUUGAGGCAGUCCCACUGAUGCAAGGCCUUCCGCAAGGAAUCAUUCAAGGAAUUGUUGCACGACUUAAAUUCGAGGCAAUAAAUAAUACAGCGAAACAAUUAAUUAAAAUGAACCACUUUAACACAAGAAAAAUAAUGCAUGUCUAUCAUGGAUUGUUUAGGUGUAUCUUCCACAAGAUAUCAUCAUCAGUUCGAAUACUUUGGGUGAUUCCAUGUUUUUUAUUGAACACGGAGCAGUUGCAGUCUUGGCUCCCAGCGGACGGUCAAUUGCCACAUUAAAGGAUGGUGACUUUUUUGGAGAGAUGUCAUUGAUGACUAAUGAACGGCGAAACUCAACUGUGGUGGCUACCAGC